AAAUAUUUCUGAAUACAAAGAAUUUUUUGAAAAGAAAGGCGAAGUCGUGGAAGAAGAAAGGGACAGAAUCUCAUAGGAAUUGUGGCAUUCAAAGCUCCACUCGUCUCUUUUUUCCCCCAUCAAAAUUCCACCACAAAAAGCCCAAACUAUUUUUCUUUCCAAAUUUAUUCAAAUUAAUUUCAAUUCAUUUCCGAAGAGUAUUUAUAUCUUCAGCUAAUUCAAGCUGAGUGCUUUCUCACUUCUCAAAUGAAAUUGAUUGACAAAUCUUCACGUACAAACCCAGCAGAUGGAAGGCAAUCAUAAUUCUAUCCAAAAGGACUACUACAAAGUUUUGGAGGUUGAUUAUGAUGCAACUGAGGAAAAUAUCAGAUUAAAUUACCUAAGGCUUGCGCUGAAAUGGCAUCCUGAUAAGCACAAGGGUGACAGUGCUGCUACUGUAAAGUUCCAAGAGAUCAAUGCGGCUUACAAAGUUUUGAGUGAUCCUGCUAAACGACUUGACUAUGAUCUAACUGGAAUCUAUGAGAUUGAUAAGUAUACUUUGCGGGAAUAUCUUGCCAGAUUUAAAGGAAUGAUACUUACCUGCAAUGGGCUUGGUAUUAGUCAUUUGCCAAUAUGGUAUACCUUAAUUAAUAUGAAUGGAGUUGCCAAAUGUGCUGCUGAAUUAUAGGAUAAAUAACUCUAUGAAAGCUUGCAUGCAUGUUUGUUUAUCUGCUUGUGCGUGUGUUUGUGUUUGUGUGAUGUCGAGUAUCUGAAUAUUAUCGUGUGCAGUUCUUUCAGUUGUAAAGAAUUAAGAUUAUAACUCUGAAGAAGAAUGUAGAAAUACAUGUUUCACAUAUUUUUUAAUUAAAAUAAUUGCACUACAAUGUUGAAAAUGCAAAUCACAGCUUACUAUUGUUUCGUUUCUCCAUAGAACUGAAGGUCCCAGAAUGAAAGCUAGAACUGACGGUCACAGAAUGCAAGCCUAUUGAGCUGAUACUUUUUUAGUUUGUCUGUGACUUCAUUCUUUAGGCAAGAUUUUUUCAAAUACUCUAAAAGCAUUACUUAUACAUCCUAACCUCUAUUUUUUUAAUAUACCAUUAACUAACUAUUUUUGUUUUCUAAAUUUCAUCCAUGUUCUGGUCCAUAUAGGAUGGCAAAUCACAUUGUUGAUGGGUGAUUAACCACUACUUAUACCUUUCUUAACCUUUUGGCUAAAGUUGAGUGCCAAUGACAUUGCAGCAUAGUGGAAAAGGACAUCAGGCAAUUGUGGGUGAAGUUUUGUUAGUCAAGCUCCUAGACAUGGAUUGUUCUGCAAUCUGUGACGUGUUCUAAAUCUAAAUCUUAGACCUCCCUAAAGUAAUUUUUUAGCUUUUGCUCCCCUAUCAUUUUCUAAAGAAGUGAAGCUCUCAUCAUACUUCACUUGAACAGUGGUCCUCUUUCAUUCUUCCAGAGCCUCAUGGUACAACGUCACAAGCAUGAAAGAAUCACUGCCCUAUUUUUCUGUUUAUUACACUCUUCUGAGCUCUUCUAUGCAUUUUCAGACCUGGCAUCCCUUUAUCCAGUUUGUAAUUUCUUUUUUCCAAUCUCUCUCCACAUGAGGUCGUUCCCUUGCAUUGUCAGUUGCUUUCCUUCCAAACUUCAAGCCUGAUGCCCUAUACUGAAUCAUUUCCAGCAAAGUCUAUCCAACUGCCAUUUUAGAAUCAUGGAUUGAUUUUUUUUUUUUCAAUACUUUUAGAUUUGGUACUUUUGAUUCAGCAGAACUGGCUGGGCAAUGUUAAUUUAACUAGCUUUUAUAAUUUUUAUCAUUAUUGCGUGCUACUUAUAAUUUCUAUAUACCAAUGCAGGACACAACAGCUGACAGAAACCAAUGAGUUAAGUGAUAAAUGAGUUUUGGACUUGCCAUCAACUUUCCAAUUUUACAUUGCCUUCUGAAUUAAUACUGUGACACACUGAUAUAAGUGUCUCAUAGUUCUAUCCAUGUUGUUACAGAGCUACAAUAUUAAAGAAAAGCUAAUAGAGUCAUCAAUAUUCACAUCCAGUUUCUCUAUGUACUUGGAAAAUGAAUCUGAUCCAGUUUUUAAUGUUAGAUCGUUGUGGAUCGCAAUGAAUGGUGUAAAUGAUUCUCGAUUAAAAGGCUGGUUCUAGUGGA